CAGCGGUAGAGGGCAGCAGCGUCGUAUCGCGUUCGAGUGAAUGUAAACAGAGGCAUGUGCAUGAGUCGGAAUAGUGGGAAUUUCGGGAUGUGCACAUAAUGGAAGGUUUGCUUGAUCAGAUUGGCGAUAGUUUGCGCGUUACGGGAGAAGAAAGCUCUUCCGCAGUUCCCCAUCCAAGGUUUUCCUAUUACAAACGUAAAUACAGCGCGUCUUCGCAAGCGGAGCGGCGUAAAGCCUUUAUUAACGCACAAAAACAGAAGAGGUAUGACUUUGUCCAGCACUCGAGGUGCCUCGCAGAGGGCAGUUGGGAUGGAGUUGAAGAAACAGAGGACAUGGAUGUGGCUGUCAUAGUCAAGAAGCCAGAAAGGUCGUACAAGAAUCAGCUGAUGCUGUCCGAGUGGCUGGUAGACGUGCCCGAAGAUUUAGAAGAAAACUGGAUAGUUGUUCCAUGCCCGGUGGGGAAACGCUGCCUGGUUGUUGCAUACAAAGGAAGGACGAGGGCCUAUGGAAAAAAUGGUUACAACAUAUUAUCAUUUCCAUCUCUCCUCCCGGGUGGCUGUAAUGCAUACAGUGGAAAACGAUCAGAUUACUGUCUUCUUGACUGCAUAUACAGCGAGUCCAAUUCAGUGUUCUACAUUCUGGAUAUUAUGUGCUGGAGUUCACACCCAGUGUUCGACAGUGAGGCUGAAUUUCGAUUCUGCUGGCUUCAAACGAAGCUUGCUGAAGUCCCAAACAUAACGGAAAAGACAGAGCACAAUCGAUACAAGUUUGUGACUUUGCCGAGCCACCUUUGCACGAAAGAAGCGGUCUGGAAGAUGCUAAAUUCACCUCUCCCAUUUUCAGACAAGCUUGAUGGUGUGUUGUUCUACCACAAGCAAUCGCAUUACGAGCCGGGGACCGUGAGUCCACUUGUAGGAUGGCUCAAAGCCUACAUGGUGCCAGAAGUCCUUGGUGUCCAUGUAGACGUAGCUUACGCUAGCGAAAAGCCCUCUGCCUACACCUCUCUACGAGACAAGAUUGCCAGUAAAGAGGCUGAGAAGGCAAAACGUGUCGAAAAGCCCACCAAGAUGGAAACGCAAACUUUUCGUAGUAGAAAACAGAAGGUGCAGGUUGUGAGAAUGGAGGAAGAGAGUGCUGCGUUGCCCGACUGAGCAACUUGUGUUGUCUUUGUUGGCCACAUACCUGUAAAUAUAUGCUCGCAAUUAAAGGUAGUGUUCUGCGCAA